AUGCAGAGAGAAAACAAAUUGAAAAUCACUGAAAACAAUGCUACUGCAGUGGUGGAAUUUGUUCUCUUGGGCUUUUCUGAUAGUCCCAAGUUGCACUGGUUGCUCUUUGGAAUAUUCUUACUCAUCUAUUUGAUUAUCCUACUGGGGAAUGGAGUUAUCAUCCUAAUCACGAGACUGGAGCCCACCUUACAUACCCCCAUGUAUUUUUUCCUCAGUAAUUUUUCUUUCCUAGAAAUUUGCUAUGUGUCUGUCACUCUCCCUAGAAUGCUUAUGGAUCUUUGGACCCAGAAAGGAACUAUUUCUUUUUUUGCCUGUGCCACACAAAUGGGCUUCUUCCUCGUGCUGGGAGCUGCCGAGUGUUUCCUUCUGGCGGGGAUGGCCUAUGACCGCUACGUGGCCAUUUGUAGUCCUCUGCAGUAUCCGCUGAUCAUGAACCACAAGGUCUGUAUCCAGCUGGUCACUGGCUCCUGGAUCGUUGGCCUUCCAGUCCAGGUGGGGCAGACAGUGCAGAUUUUCACUCUGCCCUUCUGUGGAUCUAAACACAUCAACCACUUCUUCUGUGACAUCCCUCCGCUGCUCAAGUUGGCCUGCGGCAUCAUCGUUGUGAAUGAGAUGAUGGUCUAUAUAUUGGCUGUCUUGAUUGUCAUCGUGCCCUUUAUGCUGAUCCUCGCUUCCUACAGUAGAAUCAUCUCAACCAUCCUAAAGUUACCAUCAAACACUGGCAGGGUCAAAGCCUUCUCCACUUGUUCCUCCCACCUUACGGUUGUGUUUUUAUUCUAUGGAUCUGCCGGUAUCACCUAUUUCCAUCCAAAUUCCUAUCAGUACGAAGGCACAGACAAACUGCUUUCUCUCGUCUACACUGUUUUGACCCCAAUGUUCAAUCCCAUGAUAUACAGCCUUCGGAACAAAGACGUUACAGGAGCACUGAGAAAGUUCCUUCCCAGAUUGUUCAAAUUCUGA